ACUACGAUGGCUUCCUUCAAAGACUGGCUGACGGUGACGUGGGCGCAGAGCGGUAUGCAGCUGCAGCCGGCCGCCGCAGACGACCCCGAUUCUGUCAGGAACCGGUGCGGACGCGCCGGGAGCCUGGCGGCGACGCCGGGCGAGAGACUGCUGGAGCUGCUGCGGCCGAGCGCGCCCACUGACACACCCGCGCCACGCCGCCACUCCACCGCCGCGUGCGCGCCGCCGCCGCGCCCCGCCGGCUUCGUUUACUGCCCUUCCGACGCGCUGCCCUAUUGCCCACCCUCGAGACUGGCGCCGCCCAGAUCACAUCAGAUACCUCAGCCGCCGCAGGCGUCACCCGCACAGCCUCCCCCGGUGCCACAGCGCACGGUGCCCGCGGUGAACCCUGCGCCGUUGCACGUGCCCCCCGCGCCAGCGCCGGCUCCUCAUUCCGUGCACCGCGUUGUGACCCCGGCGCCGCUAGCUGUGCCUCCCCCAGCGCCGCCGCGUCGCUCGUCACCACAGCCGCCCCGCUGCGUACCUCCACCGACCCCACCGCGACCUGCACAGCAAGCCCCGCCAUCGACCGAUACCAACGGAAACCGGCGCACGAUGCCCCCGACACCGACACCGACGCAGUCGGCUCGGCUUGACUGCAACAAGAACCCGCAGCCGCCGGCCCCCAGGAAGCCGCCUCAGAAGAUGCCAGACACGCCCUAUACGCCGCCGCAGAAUCAGAUCAAGCGUUCCCCGAGUUCUGGCUCCAAUAUCAGCGUGCGUCAGGACUCUAACGUGUCCUCGGACUCUUUUAGCCAGACCUCCUCACCUUCUUAUACGACCAAGACGAUGGAGGCGCCGCUACUCCCGCACCAGAACGUUAACAAGAGUCUUAACGCUAAGAUAGCGCGCGGCCUGUUGCUGAAGGAGCAGCAGGACAAGGAGUCCGCAAGCACUUCCAUCACAAAGAGCAUGUCGACACCAGCCUCGUUGCAGACCAUCGUCAGGUUCCAGAACGGCAGCAACAUGUCUCUGCACCAUCGGAUGUUGCGGGAGAUGCGCGGAGCGAGCGGCGAUGGCUCGGGUCACAAGUUCCGGCUGGUACAGCUCGCGCUCAACGCAGUGGCAAUACUCGCCAUCACCGCCGCGCUCUUCGCCUAUUUCCGAGCCAACCCAGCCGUUCAGUACGUGUCCCAAGUGGUGAACCGGUCGGUGAUAGUGCCUUGGCCGGCGCCGGCGGAGCCCCCGGGCGCGCGUAACCCCGCGCCCGGCGUCUGUCUGCCCGUAAUCGUCUCCUUCUGUCACCAGCAUCGCAUUUCGUACAACUUUACCGUCUUCCCCAACUACAUCGGCCACUUCGGCCAAAGGGACGCUCAACAGGAUUUGGAGAUAUACGACGCGGUAGUGGACGUGCGGUGCUACGAGCUGACGGCGCUUUUUCUGUGCUCGCUGUUCGUGCCCAAGUGCGGCCCGCUCGGCCACAUGGUGCGUCCCUGCCGCAGCCUCUGCCAAGAAACAAUGCGGCGAUGCGGGUUCUUCCUGGAAGUGUUUGGUCUUUCGAUGCCGGACUACCUCCAGUGCGAGAUAUUCCCGGAGUCCACGGACACGGACGUCUGUCUCGGCAACAGAGAGGUCAAGGAGGCUCGGAUCAGGGCCGCUAAGCCGGUGUGCCCGAGCGGGUUCCAGUGCGACGUGCGACGCUGCAUCCCGCACGACUGGCGCUGCGACGGGCACGUGGAUUGCGCCGACCGCUCCGACGAACUUAACUGCCGCGUCUGCAAGCAUGGCGCUGACCUGCACUGCGGCAACCAGCGCUGCGUCUCGCAAGUGCACCUUUGCGAUGGCCGCGUCGACUGUCCAUGGGGGCAGGAUGAGAGGAAUUGUCUGCGACUGAGCGAGGCGACGGGCGAUGUGGGGCGCGGCGAGCUGCAGGUGUACCGUGCCGCUAAUCAGUCCUGGUUCCCUGCCUGCAUCGCUGCUCGUGCGCUCGACUCCGCCACCGCGCACAAGCUCUGCUCCAUGCUCGGAUACUCUUUGGUGAACCGCAGCAGCACAGUGGGCGGCAUUGGUCGCGCGGGGCGCGCCGAGCAGGAGCACGGUGCGGCACAGUCCUUCCGCGCCUUCCAGCGCCGCGAGGGCGGCCUGCUGCGCGAGUUGAAGGACUGCCGGCACGACUCUGCGCACAUACACCUCGUCUGCAACAAUUACGAGUGCGGCAAACGUCGAACAAUAGGUGGAGGCACGAAGCGCAUCGUGGGCGGCGUGGAGGCGUCGCCCGGCGAUUGGCCCUUCCUGGCCGCUAUCCUCGGUGGGCCCGAGGAGGUGUUCUACUGUGCCGGCGUGCUCGUCGCCGACCAAUGGGUCCUCACAGCUUCGCACUGCGUCGGCAAUCAUUCGGACGUAAAUGGAUGGACGAUCCAGCUGGGCAUUACGCGGCGGCGUUCGCACGCCUACUACGGCCAGAAGGUGAAGGUGCGCCGCGUCGUGCCGCAUCCGCUCUACAACGUAGGCGUCGCGCACGACAACGACAUCGCCCUUUUCCAGCUGGCGGUGCGCGUGCGAUAUCACGAGCAGCUGUCCCCAGUAUGUUUGCCGCCUGCGCGGCGCUCGUUACUGCCCGGUACAGUCUGCACCGUCAUCGGCUGGGGCAAACGCGACGACAAGGACAUGUCUGAGUACGAGCCGGCGGUAAACGAGGUGGAGGUGCCUGUGCUGAGCCGCGAGUUGUGCAACCAGUGGCUCGAGCACCGUGACCUCAACGUCACCGCCGGCAUGGUCUGCGCCGGAUACCCCGAGGGCGGCAAGGACGCUUGCCAGGGUGACUCGGGAGGACCGCUCCUGUGCAAGGACCCCGACGACCCGUCGCGCUGGUAUGUCGGCGGCAUCGUUUCCUGGGGCAUCAAGUGCGCGCACCCGCGGCUGCCCGGCGUUUACGCGUACGUGCCCACCUAUGUACCCUGGAUCCUACGCCAACUACAGCUUUAUAACGACGACAACGCGCCCUCUGACGACACUUGAACUGCGCGGCUCCAUCGGGAGUUGUUGACGUGG